ACGUGUGAUGUGGCGGGGACUUCCUGUGUUUGUGUGUGUGUGUGGGUGUGUGUGUGUGGGUGUUAGCGCUCUCCCGUCUCACGGAAAGAAAUUCGGCAGCUCCAGUUAAUUUUCCCGUCGAUGGAGUGACGUCCCUGAUGACGCACUCCCUCCCCAGAAGGACGUGUGAAACGGAUAGUGUGAAGUGAACUCGGCCUCUCCUAUCUUAUCUGCCUUGUCCCCUUUUCGAUAGAGAGCCAAGCGUACUAACCAUCUUGCCAACCACUACAAGACCCUGUGUGUGUGUGUUUAUGUAUGUUUUACUCUUAUGAUAUAUUACGUACAUCACACCACACAUUCAUGAGGUGCGACAUCCUCAUAAGCCAAGGCAUCCUGCUGAGAGCGAGAUAUGUUACAGAAUUCAUAUACACACAGGACGUCCCUAUCACUUUCCACCAUUUUUUAAUUGGUACAGAAACUACAGAUAGGUUAAAGAACUUGAAAAUAUAAUCAAGAUCCUCAGUCGUGUCUCUGGAGCAGGAUCAGGCGGUGUUGUGUCUGGCGAAGUGGCGUGUUCAGCUGUUGUGGAGGUAAUGAUCAAGAAUUUUACUCAGUUCUGCUUAUACAGUAGCUACUAGUUUGGAUCUGGCAGUAAUCGUGUGUUUAGACAAUAAUAUAGAUUGGUGAAGAGUAAGGCACUAGGAACAUCUGUAACCCAGUGUAUCAAGCGGUGUGUUUUGAAUGCUAGUACACAUCCGUCGUAUGACAUUUUCUCGUCUCCUGCCGCCAGCUGAUCACAUUUGAUAGUUAAGAAAGGCAAUCCUAUACCACGAAUCCCAUAAAGAUUCCGAUUGACGAGUAACAACUGAAUAUUUAAUCUCGUCACGCUUUACAAGGCUGCAUAAGAUAUUUUCACACGAGUCUGUUAUCAGAUUGUGAGUGAUUUAUCAGGAAUGAUAACUACACUUCGUGAGCUGCACUUCUUAAGGGAAUCUUAUUUCCCUUAGUCUUUAUUCUUAACCCUUCGUUGUCUUAACUUACCCAAUACCUGAACUGGCUGUUGUGGAAAUGAACAGGGAGUUUUAAGUACAUUUUAUUUUACCUUACAUUAUGAAUUUGUAGAGAAUUCAGUUUCCUCAAUAGGGAAAGCACACAUAAUAAUGCUACGAAUCCAUGCUAAGUGGCGGGGUGGGGGAGGGAUUAGAAGAGCCGUCACCCUUCCCUUAACCUCUUGCUGACCUCCGUCGUCGUGGUACCUCCUCCUCGCCGGCUGAGUCCUCCGCAGCGGGUCUCGAUAUGGGGGCAGCAGGCCGCAGCUCCUUCCGUCCGGUGCGCCGACUGUCUGUGAGGCUGUGCCGUCUCUCUGCGUCUACUGUGUAGUCGUGGGCCAAUGUUCCCUUAACGACUCAGGGGACGCCCUAAGCUGGUAGACUGCGCGAACCAGAACAAGAGCUCUAGCGGUAUAGGGUUCCCUUAGGCGCAUGAGCCUUACCACUCAGGAAACAAGGUUUCACAUUAAUCAGGGGUUAAUAAUGGCAGUAAGAGGCGUGAGAGGCUGGUUGCUGCUGGCCGUGGUGGUGGUGAUGGAGGUGCAGGUUGAUGUGGCGAAGGCUGCUGCGCUUCCCAUAAUAUUCCCGUCCCAUGUGGCCAUCGCUCACGGGAAAGCCGCAAGGCAGAGGGCGCCAUCCCCAGCCAUUCCUCCGCUACACGUCGCCGUCCCACCCGUCGAGUUCGACCUAGCCGUUCGGUGUAUCCUCUGCCCGACCUGCGAUGAACCGUGUCACAUGAGAAACUUGCGGGGGGAAUGCCGUCCAAUCUAUAACUGCAAAAGACGGCUGUAGAUGCUGCUGACGCCUCAAAGAACAGUGGAAGCAUUGGCAUUUUACCUUCCGGUGAAUGGCAGUCACUAUGACAGGAAGUGAAAAAUGUUUCGAUUCAUGAAGAAAUUGUGAUUUGAAAUUCAUAUUUUACUUGCUUAUGUUCUUCAUGAUCACUGUGAUUAUGAUGAUGAUGAUAAUGAUGGUAAUUGUAGUAGCAGCAGUAGCAGCAGUAUUAGUAAUAUGUAGUAGUUAUAGCAGUAUUUACGAUGGUGGCAAUAAUAACAAUGAUAGCUUGACGAUAAAAUAAUAAUAAUGAUAAGAAGAAAAGUACAUCAUAUUAGAAGGCCUCUUUUCAUAAUAAUGCUUUAUUUAGUUAAAAAAUAAAUAAAUCCAGUCAUUGUU